CAGAGUCAGCUCGGCGUCUGUCCCGGGGAGGCCAUCCUGAGCUCUCAGGACAGACCACCUCUCCCCGUGCCCACGGAGGACCCUCCAUGCUGUCAUCCCUGCACUGUGUUGUCACGGCCACUUAAUCUACCAACCUCCUCUCCAAAUUCUAAGCUGCUUAGCAGGCAGAGAGGACACCUUCCCAUCUGGCUGUUUUUAGCCCCAACACAAUGGCCGGGCUCCUCGAGGUGCUGCCGCAGGGGGUCAAGUGCUGACGACGACGACUCCUUGGGAGGGAGCCCGGGAGCCACCUGCAGCUCUGAGGUGAGGCAGAGAGACGCCGGUGCGUCCCAGACUGUGACGGGGCGGGAGACCUGUUGCAGAAGGAUCAGCUCAGCUGUCAACCUCCAGCAACUCCGCAUUUAUUAACUGCCCUGGCAAUGAAUGAUCUGUGCGUUUCCAGCAGUCGGGCUUGGGCGAGGCAGAGAGAAGUGGUGAGGAACCCCAGAGACACAGAGAGGGCUGGCGGGGUGGCAGGGAGCAGUGACUCCCUUUCUUCUGAACCCCGAGGGACCGCCGCCCAGGUGCCUGGGCCCCAGGUGUCCGUUUGAGCCAUCUCUCGGCCCAGAGCUGCGGGUGUCCGGGACCUGUCCUCCUUCAGUCGCCGCCCGGAGGUGUGGCAACGGCGGGUUGCCCAACGUCCCCAGGAGGGGAGGCAGUCCAGUCCUACAGAAAGAGUGGCUGGUCCCGUUCAGGAGCCACCACAGUCCCUUUUAUCAAGGCCAGCUAUCUGGCAGGUUCCCAUAGAGCAAACCAGCGGUCUUCACAAAGACAUGACAGGGCUGUUCCGUGGAGUCUGGGACUAUUCAGCCUUGGAGCGUUUAGGAAAUACAGCCCAAGUGCUCGGCCCAUACAAGUUGCAGGAGCAGUUUCACGCCUCAGCUUUUAAAAAGAAGGCUCGGAGCGCGCGGCGCGGACACUCCCCGCAGCUCCUCCCCGGCGGCGGCGGCGGCGAAGGCGCAGGCGACUCGGCGCGGGCUCCGGGACUGCAGCGCAGCGGCCGGAGGCCCGGGGCUGCCAGGAUUACCCCGGACGCGGUGGUCUCCCCGGCUGGAGCCGAGCCGGGGCUCUCGGGGCGCACGAGCGGAGGGCGACACGACAGACUCGGGCGGCCGGGUCCGUGGCCCGCGAGCUGCGCGGGGACCGGGCGAGCAGGCCGCGUCGCGCUCACCAUGGUCGGCUGCCAGGACGCCGGGGUCCUGCUGUGCGCGCUGCUCGGCGGGCUGCUGCUCACAGGAUCUAGUUCAGGUUCAAAAUUAAAAGGUCCUGAACUGAGUUUAAAAGGUACCCAGCACGUCAUACAAGCAGGCCAGACACUGUAUCUCAAGUGUAGAGGGGAAGCAGCCCUUUCAUGGUCUUUGCCUGAAACAGUGAGAAAGGAAAGCAAAAGGCUCAGCAUAACUGAAUCGGUCUGUGGAAGAAAUGACAGACAGCUCUGCAGUACUUUGACCUUGAACAUGGCUCAGGCAAACCACACCGGCUUCUAUAGCUGCAAAUAUCUAUCUACACCUGCUACAAAGAAGAAGAAAACAGAAGCUACAGUCUACGUAUUUAUUCAUGAUACAGAUAGACCUUUCUUAGAGAUGCACACUGAAAUACCCGAAAUUAUAUAUAUGACUGAAGGAAGGGAGGCCAUCAUCCCCUGCCGGGUCACGUCACCUAACAUCACUGUUACUUUAAAAAAGUUUCCCCUUGAUACCCUGAUCCCUGAUGGAAAGCGGAUAAUCUGGGACAGCAGGAAGGGUUUUAUAAUAGCAAAUGCCACGUACAGAGAAAUAGGGCUUCUGGCCUGUGAAACAACAGUCAACGGACAUUUGUACAAGACAAACUAUCUUACCUAUCGACAAACCAAUACCAUCCUAGAUGUCCAAAUAAGCACCCCAAGCCCAGUCAAGCUGCUACGCGGCGACACUCUUACUCUGAACUGUACAACCACCACUGCCUUGAACACGAGAGUCCAGAUGACCUGGAGUUAUCCUGGUGAAACAAAUAAGAGGGCUUCUAUAAGGCAGCGCAUUGGCCAACGCGGUUCCCAUACUAAUGUGUUCUACAGUGUUCUUACGAUUCAGCAUGUGCAAAACAGAGACAAAGGACUUUAUACUUGUCAUGUGAAGAGUGGCCCAUCACUCAAAUCUGUCAACAUCUCAGUGCAUGUAUAUGAUAAAGCAUUCAUCACCGUGAAACAUCGAAAACAGCAGGUGCUGGAAACCGUGGCUGGAAAGCGGUCUUACAGGCUGUCUGCGAAAGUGAAGGCAUUUCCCUCACCAGAAGUCCUAUGGUUAAAAGAUGGGUUCCCUGUGACUGAGAAAUCAGCUCGCUGUUUGGUUCAUGGCUACUCACUAAUCAUCAAAGAUGUUGCCGCAGAAGAUGCAGGAGAUUACACAAUCUUGCUGGCCGUAAAGAAGUACAGUGUGUUUAAAAACCUUACCACCACUUUAAUUGUAAAUGUGAAACCCCAGAUUUAUGAAAAGGCCGUGUCAUCCUUCCCAGACCCAACCCUCUACCCUCUGGACAGCAGACAGAGCCUGACGUGUACCAUUUAUGGUAUCCCUCAGCCUACAGUCACGUGGUUCUGGCGUCCCUGUAACCAUAAUCAUUCUAAAGCAAGGUAUGACUUUUGUUCCAAUAAUGAAGAGCCCCUGAUUCUGCACCCUGACAGCAACGUAGGAAACAGGAUUGAGAGCAUCACUCAGCGCACGGCAAUGAUAGAAGGAAAGAAUAAGACGGCUAGCACCUUGGUUGUGGCGGACUCUAGGAUUUCUGGAAUCUACAGUUGUGUGGCUUCUAAUAAAGUAGGGACUGUGGAAAGAAGCAUAAGCUUUUAUAUCACAGACGUGCCCAACGGAUUUCACAUUAACUUGGAAAAAAUGCCCACGGAAGGAGAGGACCUGAAACUGUCAUGCACAGUUAACAAGUUCCUAUACAGAGACAUUACUUGGAUUUUGCUGCGGACAGUUAAAAACCGAACCAUGCACCACAGCAUCAGCAAGCAAAAAACGGCCGUCACCAAAGAGUACUCUAUCACUCUCCAUCUCACCAUCAAGAAUGUCUCCCUGGAGGAUUCAGGCACCUACGCCUGCAGAGCCAGGAACAUACACACAGGGGAAGAAAUCCUUCAGAAGAAAGAAGUUACAAUUAGAGAUCAAGAAUCACCGCAUCUCCUGAGAAACCUCAGUGAUCACACCGUGGCCAUCAGCAGCUCUACCACGUUAGACUGUCAUGCUACUGGUAUCCCUGAACCUCAGAUAACCUGGUUUAAAAACAACCACAGAAUACAGCAAGAACCCGGAAUUAUUUUAGGACCAGGAAGCAGCACGCUGUUUCUUGAAAGAGUCACAGAAGAGGAUGAAGGCGUCUAUCGCUGUACAGCCACCAACCAGAAAGGGUCCGUGGAAAGUUCGGCGUAUCUCACUGUGCAAGGAACCUCGGACAAGUCUAAUCUGGAGCUAAUCACCCUGACGUGUACCUGUGUGGCUGCCACCCUCUUCUGGCUCCUGUUAACGCUCUUUAUCCGAAAACUGAAAAGGUCUUCCUCUGAAAUAAAGACUGACUACCUGUCGAUUAUAAUGGACCCGGACGAAGUCCCCCUGGAUGAGCAGUGCGAGCGGCUCCCUUACGACGCCAGCAAGUGGGAGUUCGCCCGGGAGAGACUCAAACUGGGCAAGUCACUUGGAAGAGGGGCUUUUGGAAAAGUGGUCCAAGCAUCUGCAUUUGGCAUUAAGAAAUCACCCACAUGCCGGACUGUGGCUGUAAAAAUGCUGAAAGAGGGGGCCACGGCCAGCGAGUACAAAGCUCUGAUGACUGAGCUCAAGAUCUUGACCCACAUUGGCCACCAUCUGAAUGUGGUCAACCUGCUGGGAGCCUGUACCAAGCAAGGAGGGCCUCUGAUGGUGAUCGUUGAAUAUUGCAAAUACGGAAAUCUGUCCAACUACCUCAAGAGCAAACGAGACUUAUUCUUUCUCAACAAGAGAAAUGAAGGACUCAAUCAACUGAGUGACUUUUUAGUGAAUGAGAGGCCCAUGACGGAGCCAGAGAAAUCGUUUUCUUCCCUCGCUAUGCCCUUACUCCGCCUUGCGCAGACCCUCACCAGCCAGGAUGCAGCCUUACACAUGGAGCCUAAGAAAGAAAAAAUGGAGCCAGACCCGGAGCAAGACAAGAAGCAAAGACUAGAUAGUGUGGCCAGCAGCGAGAGCUUCGCAAGCUCCGGGUUUCAGGAAGAUAAAAGUCUGAGCGAUGUUGAGGAAGAGGAGGAUUCCGACGAUUUGUACAAGCAGCCCAUCACUAUGGAGGAUCUGAUUUCGUACAGUUUUCAAGUGGCCAGAGGCAUGGAGUUUUUGUCUUCCAGAAAGUGCAUUCAUCGGGACCUGGCAGCAAGAAAUAUUCUUUUAUCUGAGAACAACGUGGUGAAGAUUUGCGAUUUUGGCCUUGCCCGGGAUAUUUACAAGAACCCCGAUUAUGUGAGAAAAGGAGAUACUCGACUUCCUCUGAAGUGGAUGGCCCCCGAAUCCAUCUUCGACAAAAUGUACAGCACCAAGAGCGACGUCUGGUCUUUCGGUGUGCUGCUGUGGGAAAUCUUCUCCUUAGGUGGGGCCCCGUACCCGGGAGUGCAGAUGGACGAGAACUUCUGCAGCCGUCUGAAGGAAGGGAUGAGGAUGAGAGCCCCCGAAUACGCGACUCCGGAAAUCUACCAGAUCAUGCUGGCCUGCUGGCACAAAGACCCGAAAGAGAGGCCGAGAUUUGCGGAACUCGUGGAAAAACUGGGCGACUUGCUCCAAGCAAAUGUACAACAGGAUGGUAAAGACUAUAUCCCACUGAAUGCCAUACUGACAGGAAAUAGUGGGUUUACGUACUCUUCUCCCGCCUUCUCCGAUGACUUCUUCACGGAAGAUCUUACAGCUCCAAAGUUUAAUUCAGGAAGUUCUGAUAAUGUCAGAUAUGUAAAUGCUUUCAAUUUCAUGAGCUUGGAGAGAAUCAAAACCUUUGACGAACUUUCACCAAACACCACCUCCAUCUUCGAUGGUCACCAGAUGGACAAUAACUCCCUGCUGGCCUCCCCUGUGCUGAAGCGUUUCACGUGGGCUGAGAGCAAACCCAAGGCCUCCCUGAAGAUGGACUUGAGAGUAACCAGUAAAAGUAAGGAGUCGGGGCUUUCCAACCUCACACGGGCUCCUUUCUGCCAUUCCAGGUGUGGGCACAUCAGCAAAGGCAGGCGCAGAUUUACAUACGACAACUCGGAGCUGGAGAGGAAGAUUUCGUGCUGCUCCCCGCCCCCAGACUACAACUCGGUGGUCCUGUACUCCACCCCGCCUGUCUAAAGUCUGGCACGCAGCCUUAUUUCUAGAACCGCACAAGUAUUUAUACUCCCUGAAAACUAGCUUUCGCCAGUAUGACACAUACGUAAAUGUACACCUUGACCUUUCCACAGGAGCGCGCUGCCUGCUGUGAUGUUUAAUAAGUGCUUCUUUUUCUUUUUGACUAACAAGAAUGUAACCCCAGAUAGAGUAAUAGUGAUAAGUAAAGAACACCACUGGUAAAUCCUCACAUUAUUCAGUGUGUUAGAGGAACCCUUAUUUCUAAGCCCAGUGACUUACCUGCUCUCCAACCACCCCCCCCCGAGACCGCAGAGCGUUGGAGGAUUGAGGAGGUGGCUGAUCACGCGAGGCAGCGUGGACUCCACGGGGCCCGCCACCGGAGCCAGGAGGCGACAGCCCGUAAGCUGGCCUACGCCAGGUCUCUGGGGUCCUUCUAGCAGGAGCAACUUCCGUGGAAGGCAGAGAAGGAAGGGAGAAGGGAGGAGAGCACACAGGACGAAGCGUGGAGACAAUCUGCGCCGUCCCGUAUGGGAAGGGGGUAGCUGAGGGCUGUCAGCCGAGACACUACGACGGCUGCCACACCCCGAGCAAACCCGGGCCACACGGACACCCCAGCUGGGGAACAGCCAGGACAGAGAGGUGAGGGGACAGUUUCUGGAUUUUUUUUUUUUUUUGAAACUACAAAACAAAUUUGGAAACAUUAGCUGUGGGACUGGACCUAUGCCCGAUCCCAUGGAGGGCACAUUUUCAAACGUCUAGUGCUGAGCGUGGCGCUCAGAUCGGAGCCCGGACCGCAGUCCCCUCCGGCAAGUACACUGCAAGCUCGCCCUGAGCUCGGCGUGAUGGCCUCGCCCUUAGCAGACUGCUCCGAGUCGGCUCGCUGGGACGUGGCCGGUCUGUUACGGCUCCCUCUUGGGCUUAAGCCACAUUUAAAAAAAUCUGGUCAGAUCCUCUUUUGAGUAUUACUAUAUAAUCAAGACACUUCACUUUUAUUAUUAUUAUUUUUUUUUACAUUAACCUGUUUUGUCCAGUUAGUUAUAAAAGGAAGCUGAGGAGGACGAAAAUGAGUCUGGGGGACAGUUCCCUCUAUGCCAAAACCAGGAUAGACGGAGCGAAAGCAGGAUGAGCAGAGUGAAAAAACCCCUCUCUUUCCCAACCAGACCGACUCACUGGAACAGUUGGGGCCCAAAGGAGAGGAAGCCACUCAUGUUUCCUUUUGAGUGGGGAUUCUGCAAUCUCAUGCUGGUCUACUGGAAAGAUGUGGAAGACUAUUAGCCAAUGUUUAUUAAGCACUUUAUGCUCCUGGAGAAAAAAGGUGACAUGUAAUUUAUGCAAGAUACUUUUAGAAUUGGGACUCAGGAUAUUAGUUAUUGAGCCAUCAAUGGGAGAAAAGCCUCUUUUCAUCUGCUACGGACCUUGCCUUGGGUCUGAGAAUGCUGGACGUAGGGAGACAGGGUACAAAAGGGUGCCUACUCUUUGGGGGUCUAAAGACCUUGGAUCUCUCAGCUGGCUCUCUCCGAUGCUGUGUAUUUAGGAUGUAUGUUACCUUGUAAAGCCGGUCAAAGCUGGACGGGCAACAGUGAAUUGCUGCUUCUGGUAGAGAAGAGUAUGCUGCCCUUUAGGCAAGUAACUUAACUCUAGAACCUGAAAUGUAAUAGAAGAAUCUUUACUUCCUUCCCUGUGUGUCACAUUCCUGUGUCACGGCUCUUAGUAUAAAAGGACGGGACAGUCCGCACACCCCCAAGUAAGGAAGCAGGUGGUCCUGUGGGGGCUCUGCUGGAGAAGCAUCUGGCCAGCAGAGAAGUGAGGCAGGCCUCUCCACCAUGAGCCCAGGCCGGACCAAAUCAGGCUAGGCCAGAAGAGGGGCAAAGUUUUGUUCUUUCUCUUCUUCGCACGUACAAAAAGCACCUGUGACAGUUGGCGAUAGUAUCAAUCAGGUCACCAGAAGGAGGUUCAUCAGGGAAAAUAAAAGAAGACCUCAAUCAGCUGUGCCAACUUUUCAUAUCAGAUAAGGAUCCAGCAAUGAGUGAAAACGAAAACCUUAACUAUACAUGAUAUCUUGAUUUCAAUAACCUAAUUCUAAGUUGUUCAAAGACCUCAGUAAAACCAUCUUUCCAAAAGAAAAAAAAACACAACAACUUCAGAACUUACGUCAAUUCAGCUGCUUCAAAGACUCAGGUUUAUAGCCUACAUGAGUCCAUCGGUUAAAAAUGGUUCCCAUCUAGAGUGUUCACACAGAAAGGAAAAUGGAGGCUUGCAGUAGCCAAGUCUUGCCGCAGACUGGUUCAUUAACCAGCACUGAACGUUAAACAGCACUGAAAAUUAAGACACUAGUUAACCAAUGAUAUUAUUAGAACCAUUUGGCAUUUACGACAAAGAUAGUUGGCACUAACCAGGAAAGCAGCCUUUCCUUUCAGGAUCUGUGAGAUCACGUUAUGUGUAACAGUGUGGGUGGAACGGGACUGAAACCAUAUGGAAGUCUGUAUCUAGUUAAGUCUAAGAAGCGAUGCUCAGACCUUAGUUUUAGCCCGUGGAACAAACCUGUCCAAACCCUGAAAAGUGUUAUGUAGGUCUUCUAGCUGUGCCUUGUUUCCCAGUCCGUAAAGAGGGUCAAACUCGAACAGAUACUUGCCAGCCCCUUUUAGUUGUGAAAGGAGCGCAUCUUUGACCGACAGUGGUAGUAACUGUAUGUGUAUAUAUGUGUGUGUGUGUUGUGCGAUGACUAUUUAAGGAAACUGGAAUUUUAAAGUUACUUUUAUACAGACCAAGAAUAUAUGCUGCAGAUAGAAGUAAGACUUAAUUUGGUCCUACAUCUCUAGUCACUAUGAAUGUAUUUUGUAUGCUAUCUUCAUAUAAUAAAAUUAACUUCCAAAAACA